UAUGGUGCCUGUUGGACUUGGUCCUGGAAAAAUGGAUAAUCAUCCUUCAAAUUCAAGUGCUUUUGGUUCUGAAUUUGAGAUGUCAGGUCGUAGGACCACUUCUGAAUUUGAGAUGUCAGGUCCUAGAAUCCCUUUUGAUUUUACCCUGAAAACCAGUGUGCGAUACACGAAUUGUUCCAAUGUCAGGUGCCAUAGGUCGUUUGCAACCCCCCCAAUUGAUGCAAGCUGUAAUCUGUACAGCUUGUCGUCUAUAGAUGGUGCUACUGCCCAGGUGAAGUUCUAUAAAUCACUUCACUCAUGGGUAUAUCCCCAGUCUUCUCUACCUGCUUCAGUUGUGUCAGUUUUAGCUUCAUCUGCUGGAAAGGAAGAAGCGCACUUUUGGCUGAAAAGGCAGCAGGAUUGGGAAGACUCACUUCGAAGCCUAUACUACAUGCUAAGAAAGAACAUUUGUAACAUGUUUUAUGUUUAUACUGUGCAGUUUGUGGCUUUAUUCAUUGGUGGCAACUUAUUGGGGAAAAAGAAGCGCUCAUGUAUUGCUUACGUAUCACAAUCUACACGUGGUCUACGAUCCUUGCUAAGAAAAAAUAAAAUAAAUUUUACCAUGCCACUCGGUGGUGUUGAAGUGGAGCACUCAAUUGAUGACGACUUGGUUGAACUUAUGGAAAUUGAGAAGCGAAAAUUGGGCCAGAUUUUCCAUCUGAGCUCUUCGAUGGAGAACGUGGAUAACACUUCUCGAUCCCUCCUUUCAUUUAGUGGACAUGAGGAGGUCCAAUCUCUAUAUGAUAUACUCAUAAACUACAGGAAAACCUUGCAUUCCUUUACUGGUUCAGAUGUUCCUGUCUUGUUUGCACCUGUCCCAUUCCAGAAUGCAACCUUACAUGUUCCAGAGAUGACAUGUAAGGAGACAAGGAAAGCUGAUAUGAUCUUUACAUCAUCUAGUGGCUCAAACACUAGUGAUGCAAUAAUGAUACCACCAGGUUUUGGUGGACUUUGUUUUAGCGUUGAACUAAAGGAUACAAUUAUUCCACCAUGGGUCGUCUAUGGUGUUUGGUCAGCGAUGAGCGCCGGGGGGACUAGUUUCCAGUCUCUUUUGAGGACUGAUCCUUUGUCACUUGGCUUAAAUGUUGCCCUUAAAUCUGUCUGCUCUGAAGUGCAAGAUGGUGGUGCCUCUGGCCUUCCUGCUGCGAUUAUGAACCCUUCUCUGAGCGGUGCGGCUCUACAACAGCUCAAAUUUUCUGAUGGUGUAUAUACUGCUAACAUUACACCCAUUCUUUGAUGAUUAAAAAACCAUGCCCCGUAAUGAAAAAAAUCUCUCUUCCUACAAGUGUUUAUUCCCUUGAAUAUGAUCUUAUUCCAGAGAUGCUCAAGUCGGAAUUGGGUCGCUGGUGUUUGACCUGUCUAACCUGGAGUAGAAUGAAAAAGCUUUUUCAUGUUGCAAAUUAUGUAUUUGAUUACUUGUAUCUUAUUUUACAAUUCUCUAUCAUGCGAAUUAAGAUUGC